AUGGAUAGUUGCCUUGUGCUGUUUGCGAUUGCUAAACCGAUUCGUGUGAGAAUUAUGAAUAUGUGUUUGUCCUGCUUCUGUGUAACAGAUGCGACAGUAUAUGCUGAUAUGGUGUUAAAUUAUAACCUCGAUACUCCUCUUGAGGUUGACAAUGCGCCCUCAUACGUCGAGCACCUAGAUGAUGAGAGCAGUGCUCCAUUUUUCCUUUCCAUCGCAUCAGAUAGUCAUUGUAAUUGA